GCUGGGAUAUAUAGAGAGAUGUCACGUUCGCGCUAGUUUUGUUCAUCCCCAUCUUGCUCGCGUACAUGCGUGCAACAUUUUUCUUAGCUUGCCGUAUGAAGAUCACGGUGCAGUCAUCCAAGUCCAUCAAGCCUGACUAUGGCGGCCACCGCCCGGUGGCUCCUCCGUUCACGACGAACGUCGUCCCGCUCUCAGUGUUCGACAAGGCCAACUUGGACACGCAGGUCUCCGUCAUCUACGCCUUCCACCCGCCGGCCCCGCCCAACGGCGUCCUCGAGGCCGGGCUCGCCAGGGCCCUCGUCGAGUACCGCGAGUUCGCCGGGCGUCUCGCCCGGGACGCCGACGGCAGCCGCCGCGCCAUCCUCCUCAACGACGCCGGCGCGCGGUUCGUCGAGGCGACGGCCGGCGUGGCGCUCGGCAGCGUCAUGCCGCUGCGGCCCACUCGCGCGGCGCUGAGCCUGCACCCGAGCGGCGGCGACGAGCUGAUGCUGGUCCAGGCCACGCGGUUCGCGUGCGGGUCGCUCGUCGUCGGCCUGACCGUGCACCACACCGUCGCCGACGGCCGCGGGUUCUGCAACUUCAUCCUCGCGUGGGGCCAGGCCACGCGCGGCGCCCCCGUCGACCCCGCCCCGGUGCACGACCGGACGUCGUUCUUCCCGCCGCGCAGCCCGCCUAAGAUCGAGCACGAGCACCGCCGCGCCGAGUUCAAGCCAUACGACGCCCGCAAGGACGACGACGCCGGCGGUGGCGGCGGCGAGGAGGAGGAGGUGGUGGUAGAGAGGGUGCACUUCAGCGCGGAGCGCAUCGCGAAGCUGAAGGCGCAGGCGUCGUCGGCCGGGGCGCGGCACAGCACGAGCACGGUGCAGUGCGUGCUGGCGCAUCUGUGGCGGUGCGUGACGCGGGCGCGCGGGUUCGACGGGGGCGACGCCACCGCCCUGCUCAUCGGAGUGGACGGGCGAAGGCGGAUGAGGCCGCCGGUGCCGGACGGGUACACCGGCAACGUGGUGCUCUGGGCGCGGCCGACGGCCACCGCGCGAGAGCUCGUGGACAUGCCGCUGCGCCACGCGGCGGAGCUCAUCGGCCGGGCGGUUGCGCGGGUCGACGACACCUACUACAGAUCCUUCAUCGACUUCGCCUGCUCCGGGGCCGUGGAGGAGGAGCGGCUGGUGCCGACGGCCGACGCGGCGGACAUGGUGCUGAGCCCGAACGUCGAGGUGAACAGCUGGGUGCGGCUGCCGUUCUAUGACCUGGACCUGGGGGGUGGCCGGCCCUUCCUCUUCAUGCCCAGCUACGUGCCGGUGGAGGGCGUGGCCUUCCUCGUGGCGUCUUCCGCCGGCAGCGGCAGCGUGGACGCCUACGUUUCCCUCUUCCGCCGCGACAUGGAUGCCUUCAGGAACUGCUGCACAUCCGGCCUCUCAAAACUCUAGAUUUUUACCACUCUUCUUUCCGCAAGUUUCUAGUCUUGUUUGAUCAAGAACCAAUCUAUCUAUGAUAACAAAUGUUGCUCAAAUGGCGCGAACAAAAACAAAAAUUCGACAAAAUGGUAGUACAUCCUUUUAUUGCCUAUCCAGCAAGAACGCUGAAACAAAUAACAUAUGUUUGGUGACAAGAGUAGCCUAUAGAGAAUUAUACAACUACAACCAACCAAGCUUGUAAUAUCAUGUGGCUUUGCAUCCAAACACAACGCGGCAGUUGUGGCAGUGCCAUGUCGAUACAUUUCAGUAGAUACAGUAUAUCCAACAUGGGAUGGAUAGGAAAAA